GUACCAAUAACCCAAGCCAUUUCUUUGUGUUUUACAGGAAAGCCAGAAAGAAAUGGGGAGCAAGGGUCUUAAGAGUGUAAUCAUGUGUGUGCUGAUACUAGGGAUAAUCUUUCAAGUGGAGGGCAAGAGUUGCUGCAAGAGCACCCUGGCAAGAAACUGCUACAACAUAUGUCGUCUGAGGCUUCCUCGGCCAGUCUGUGCAAGAACAUGUGGCUGUAAAAUCAUAAAAGGCACUAAAUGCCCACCUGGCUUCCCUAAAUUGAACCUUCUUCCAAACUCCGGUGAACCAGAUGCCAUUGAAUACUGCAACUUAGGAUGUGUGUCUUCUAUGUGCGACACUAUGAGCAAUGCUCCCGAAUUUGUUGGCGAAGAGACGAAAAUCGACAUGGAACGCUGCAGUGAUGCAUGUGACCGUUUCUGCAACGGGGAUAGCCGCAUCGCGUCCGUUGCCGCAUAAUCAUGCAUGUGCAUGCCAUGAGAUUUGUUGUCGAAGGCUAAGGUCUCAUCAUGAUGGAUGGCAGUCCACAAAUAGGAUCUCAUGGGCCAGAUGCAAGUCAGCGUGUCGUCUUAUAUAUGUAUGUACGUGCUCUUUUUUUUCUUUGUUACAAUAAAGGUAACCACACGAUGGAUGCCAUGUUCCUAUCUGUAUGUGCUCAUCUUUAUCGAGAUGUAUGCGUGUAUCCUGGGCCAGUUAAUAUGAUCACUAUAAAUUAUAUUGUUUCGUGUUACUUUUAAGUUUUUAUUUGUUAAUAGUAGACUUAUGUUUAUUUC